AUGACGAAGGGUCAGAAAAUGGGCAAUGCGGGGAUGAGGGUCAAGAGAAUGAGGGUGAUGAAUCUGUCGGGGGAUGAGGGCUUAGUUUCCUACUCCAUGGUGUUCAGGGUGGAGUUGCGCGAAGGCAGCAGUCAAAGCGCUGACGUUCUGGCUCAUCUUAUUCUCAACGUCAAGACCAUGGUGGUGGUACCCGAGGAUUGUGUCGGCAUGGUAGCACCGUGGUUGUCCUUGAAGGAAGCCAUCCUGGCAGGCAGCACGAGCAAGUCAUGGAACCGCGUCCUGCUGAGUGACGAGGCAUGGGAGGAUAGAUAUGAGCUCUUCUGGGGCGACAAGAUAACAGACGUUGGAGAGGGAGGGGGCAUCGCUUGGGGGGGACGAGGAGGACAAGGUGGCUGCGAUGAAGCUAAGAGCAAACAAGCGCCCAACUUUCGAUCCGCAUUCCGGGCGAGGUACGAGAUUCUCAGAGGAUUGCCUGCACUCCUACACAAAUGGAGAGCUUGCGCACAGAAGGUGGAAGGAACGACCCACCACCAGCGACAGCAGCAGCUCGUUGCUUCACAGGAGUGCACCCACGAGCUCAUUCGCAGCGCUCGACUGUGCCGUCUUGUGCUCCGAGUGGUAGCAGGGUAUUCGGCCGGCGACAAGGGAGCAUGCGGCGUGCUGCAAGAGGAGGCCGUUCAGAGGAUGCUCUCCGAGAAGCAGGCGGAGGAGCCUUCACAUGGCAGGACCCUCAAGAAAGUUGUCUUGCUGGAGGGAGAUGUCGUUGCUGCGUCCUCAGCCCGUGUGCAGAUCAACCAAGAGUGGAAGGACUUGAUCGCGCGCGGCAACAUGGUAGUGACGUCGGGCCCCGAGUACUACGAGUGCAUUGAGAGGGGGGCAAUGAUCAUAUCGAAGCUGGAGGACCCGGACUUGUCGGAGGCUGAGGUGCGAGAGGCUAUCGACAAGAUCGCUGAGCAAGUGCGAGCUCGGAUCCCGGAGGGGGAGACGUCGACCGUCAAUGUGCUCAAGUGGAUGAACCGGGUGCUGUUCGACGAGCUCCUGUUCCGGGGGAACACCGACGACUACUACUGCGUGCAGAACAGCCUGCUCUCAGAGGUCCUCCGGAGGAAGACGGGCAUUCCUAUCAGCCUCUCUGUGCUCUACAUGUGUGUUGCCUGGCGACUGGGCGUGCGGCUACAGGGUGUGGACAUGCCGAUGCACUUCGUCCUCAUGGCCAGGGACAGAGACGGCGCCGAGUGUCGCGACACGUUCAUCGACGUCUUCGGAGGAGGCGUGCUGCUCUCCAUGCGCGAGCUCGAGAUGAAGAUGUUGAUGAUGGGGAUAGAGAUCCAUGUGUCCGACGUCAACCAGGCCCGCCCCUCCUACUUCUUCGUGAGGAUGCUCAGGAACCUGGGCAUCGAGGACGAAAACCGAGCCCGCAAGUCCUCCCUCCUCGUCCUUUGCCUCGCUCAGCUCGUGACGAUCCUCAAGGACAGUGCUGAGGGCAGCACUCAGUUCUACGAGGAGCAGAUCGAUCUUUACAGGUGGACAGGGGCGACGAGGCUGUUGUGCCCGUAG